AUCAGUUUCACUUGUUCAACUGUAGCAGAAACAUGGAUCGGAAGUAUAUUAAGACAAAAUUAAUAAAAAUAUUUUUUGUGUUGUCUUUACUAUUGCAACAAUGUUGGGGUCAACAAAACUUUAAUGAAUAUGAUGAUUAUGACGAUCAAGGAAAUUUUAAUGAUCAGCAUCCUUUAGAUACUCGUCUAAACUACGAUGCGUCACAGCCUCGUCUUCAGUCGCACAAUAACUAUGACUUGUAUGAAAGAAAAAUAAAUAAUCAAGAUGCUCAACAUUAUGGUGAAGAAUCUAUUCAUCGCACACCUCAAACGAACUAUGAAGAACAACAAUACUCCGCUGAACCUCAACAUCCUAGAGUGUAUCAACCACGACCAGAACAACAUCCACCUCCUCCCCAAGAUCCAAAUAUUAUUUUAGUGCCUCGUUUGGGUUUAGUGCGUGGUCAAAGUAAUUAUAAAACUAUAAAAAAUAGACCUAUUAGUGCCUACUUGGGUUUAAAGUAUGGCACUGUUAAACCGGGACUAGGUAGAUUUCAGAAAGCUUUGUCGCCAGAGUUAAUUGAAAAUUUAAUUGACGCCACUAAAGAACCAUCAAACUGUCCUCAAUUCCCCGAUUUGGAUAUAAUCAGAGAAAAGGAGAGCAGGUUUGAAAACGUAGACGAUUGUUUAACGCUGAACGUGUUCACUCCAGCGAAACCGGGAUCAUAUCCAGUUUUGAUCUUUGUACAUGGUGAAAUGUUGUUUGAUGGCAGUGCCGAGGAAGGUCAACCUGAUUACUUUUUGGAAAACGACGUUGUUUUGGUCACCAUUAAUUACCGAUUGGCACCUUUUGGUUAUUUGUCUACGCUAACUGACGAUAUGCCUGGAAAUGUUGCCUUGUCCGAUAUUCAGAUGGCUUUAGAGUGGGUACACGAAUAUAUUAGAAGUUUUAAUGGCAAUCCGGAGCAAGUUACUUUAAUGGGUCAAUCGGGUGGCGCCACCUUGAUUCAUGCUCUUAGCUUAAGUGGAAAGGCCGAAGGUUUAUUCCAUAAAUUAAUUCUACAAUCUGGCACAGCUCUAAAUCCCUACUUCAUAGAUGACCAACCUUUGGGAACUUUACGCAGUUUUGCUCAUUAUGCCCGUUGUCCACCUAGCCGAAACAUUGAGGGUCUAAUAUCAUGCUUCGAACGUAUGAGUACCUCGGAUCUUCUAAAUUAUUUCAAAAGAUAUUUUGAAAACAAUGAACCUAGAGGUUUACAAUUUGUGAAUGGUUUCAAAUUGAUAGUGGGUGACAAGCUUGGGUUUUUGCCGGAACAUCCAGCAUCAAUGGUGGCCAACAACACCAAACCAAUGAUUGUAGGUGUAACAAAAGAUGCGGGAGCUUUCAUUAUGUCCAGGUUCUAUGAUCAAUUGUUACAAUUGCGCUCCCGAAAUAUAUCGGAUUAUAUCAACGUGGUUUUGAAACACACGACUAAACCUAGACAUUAUAUGUUAUGGAAACAAUGGGCUUUAGAACAUAUUUUUACCGCUGAAGAUGCUCGCAACCCUUCAGUUAGUAAUUUAGUGCAAAAAUUACUGGAGCUGAUCAAUUUGAUCUUAUAUCGUGGACCUAUAAUAGAUAGUAUACGUUUUACAUCGAAAAACCAUUCUACAUACAUGUACUGUUUCGAUUAUCGUGGCGAAUACCAUCGUUUUGGACACUUGAAAAAUCCAUUGCCAUUUGAAAUUGAUGCUACUUUAAGUGACGACAACAUCUUUCUAUUUCCGUAUCCUGUGGAGGUUAGUCAACUAAAUCCGGAGGAUAAAUCAAUGGCAAGGGCAAUGGUCACUAUGUGGGUUAACUUCGCCAUACACGGCGUACCCAAUUUAAAUACUGGUAUAUGGCCAAAUGUUUCAUCAGAAUACGGACCCUUUUUGCGUUUUACAAACACACAUGAAAGCAAAUUGGAAUUGGACCAUCAUUUUGGCGAAGGAAUACCGGUUCCAAACCUAUAUCCAGAGUACUUUAACACAACCAAAGCCAAUACCACAAUGGAAAAAACCACAACGACAAGUACAACCACGACUACAACUACAAACCGGCCCUAUUCCAAUUAUCAACAGACAUCUUAUCAGUCGUCAUAUCCCAAUUAUCGACCAUACCCCAACUACAAUACUCAAUACAGAUCCUCCUAUCCCAACUACAGAUCACAUGAAAUGGCAUCAACUGAACACCAGGAUAAGACCGCUCAACCUAUACCUUCUCAAUAUAAUUAUCCAAUGAAUUCUCAUUAUGGCAACUACCGCGACAUGCGUCAUUAAAUUGUUUCUAAUAGGAGUAUAAUAUAACAUACAUACAAACAAACAUACACACAGACAUUUGUCUAUUCACAUAAACACAUAUUUGUAUUACUGAUAAGUAACUCUAGAAAUAGUAUAUCAAUCUAUGCACAAAUAAACUUACUGCAAGUAGAGAACUCUAUAGUACUUAUGUAUAUUUAUAUGAAAAUAAAUUUGACUUAUCAGUUCACCUACUUUACUGGAUAGAGCUUAAUACAUAAGUAUGUAGAUCACAACAUUCUUACAAAAUAUAAACAAAAACAAAUUAUAUUUAUAGAUGCAAUCCGCUAUAAAAACUAGAACAUUGAGAUAUUUUUAUCAUACCCGUCAGAGAUCUAUAUACUCGUUUGUAUGCUGAAAUCAGAUUAUCAUAUCCCAAAACUUCAACAAUUCUAUCAGUUAACGGUUAUAAAUAAUAUAUAGAACUCUUAGUUGUUGUUUAUCAUAAAUUUAGGUAUAAACCGAUUCUAUAGAUGCAAAAUUAAAAUAACUCUAAAAGUGAUUAGUACAUCAAUAUCUGCAUAUAUGUAUGCUGGAUAUUAACUAGUAUUCUUUAAAUAUUUUUAUACACAUGAAACCUUAUUUCAUGAACAAUAUGCAUUUUGACAAAGCAAAAAUAAAACAGUUAAUAUUCUUAAAAUCUA